AUGGUAGAGUCUAGAUUCUGUGAAAUCCAUCAUGGCUGCCGUUAGAUGAAAAAUAUUGGGGUGUUGCCAAAUUUUUACCAGUUUAAUGCUAAUUGUUCGCUCUUUACUUUGACCUCGGAUAUAAGAUGAUAACCUAAAGAUUACUUGUGACACUGGCCAGGAAACCGAAAGCUUGAAGACGUUUUAUCUGAAGUGAUUGGAUAGGAGUCCUAGGGAAUCAAUCAUGUUUCGUAACAAGAAGAAAAAGAGCAAAAAAGAGGGCGACAACUCCCUCAGCAGUAAAAACAGCUCCAGUGGAAAGGCAUCCUCCAGUAGUAGUGGCCAGUGGUCCCGGUCCAGCGGUACAGGGUUCGAACCCAGCUCGGAGUCCCAGAGAAGCUCAGGUGUGUCAGCUGUGCUUGGUGGGGUUGCAGAGUUCAAGGUCAAACUUCUGGCUGUGCUGGACAACCUGGAAGAUUUGGACAACCAAGGUGCCAUCGGCAUGAUCAACACAAUCGACCUCAACCAGCAAUACAGAAGGAUACCCUUCAUUGCUAAGGAUGACAGUCAAGUCAUCCUGGUACUGUUCAAGUAUGGGAUCAAGGUCAUGGAGGUCAACUCACCUGUUGUACUGUACAGACAUCCACUGUACAGCAUCCAGAGAGUGGUUUGUUAUGAUGAUGGGCUGGGGAAACAGGUUGUGGCAAUAAAGGUGGGACAACCCAGGAAAACCAAGUACGGCCUGCUGGCCUUCCAGUGUAAUAGUCAGGACCAAGCAACUGAAAUCUGCCGGACACUUGCCACCAUAAUUGAGGUCAUCACCACACCAGACAGGUCUUAACAUAUGGUCAGGCCACCGUAGGUCAUAGGUCACCAAUGGACACUUGUCAUCAUCUAUUAGAUGGUCAAUUUGUGGCUGACACAUUCCUAGCAAGGUCAGGUGAUCAGCAGUCUGGGCACUGGAGGUCAUAGGUCAACAAUGGGAAUAGCUUGCCAAAAGUGUGACCUUCAAGCAGUCUUGACCUGUAGAAUUUUUGUCAUAAGAAGAUGGUGGGAUUGGUAAAAGAUUUUGUUUUGUUAGACAGACAUGACAAAAGAUGGAAGUGAAAGCCCACUCCAAUAAGUGUGCUAGUAAGUAGUAUAGCUAAGGAAGUGUUAAGGAAUAUAAUUUUACCUGUAAAGUAAAGGUAAAGCUGUCAUCUCUAGGACACCACUAAGUUCCAACAUAGGGUUAGUGUUGUUGACAAAUAGGUUGGGUUGUCUGAACAUCGGAGUGUAGGAACAUAGGGACAUUACUGUCAUCCUCAACUGAGUUGAAGUACCACAGAUGUACAAUGUGAUGAUGAUGUCAUGAAAAAUCAUGAUGUUUUUAACCACCAUUACAACUAAAGUUUUCAUUUUUGGAAUAGUCAUACAUGUAUUUUUGUACACAUGUAUACACAUAGUUUACUAUAAGUUAUAAGUUAUGCUAGCUGUAUUUAUUGUAAUUCUUAACAAUUGGAUGAUUGUAUUACUAAGUACUGAAAAAAAGCACAUUUUAAAAGCAUUGCAAUUUUUGUAAAUGUAACACUUGGAAGAUUCCACUAAGAAACACUACUGUAACAGUACUAUACAGCUUUGUGAGUUACAAACCAUAUACAUGUACAUGCCAGGUAAUAACUUAAAAGUAUGGUUAUUUUUAGAGACAAGCAUUGUAUUUCAAAUAUUGAAAAAGUAGUUUGUUGCAAUUAAGAGUAGUAAAAUAUUCAAGUAUCAUGUUAUAUUAUAAUUACAUGCACAUAUCUAUGGCAGCAAAACUUCUUGUAAUAAAUGUAGAACACUACCAACCCAGAAGUGCAGCUAACUGAAGAAAAAAAAAUGAAUUUGUAAUAUUCUGGAGCUGAGCCAUAUCUUUCUACCUUAAAAGGUUAAAACUACAUACUUGUGUAAUUUUUUCCUUUAUUUAUAAUAUGUAUAUGCAAGUCCUUUGUUUACAUCAGAUUUCUGUUAUGUAAUAACAAGUUCCCUUGGUAAUAAAAGUGUUUGCCCAAACUGGAA